AUGUUCUGUACGCUAGGUUAUGUUAACUCACGGAGAGUUUAUCAAGCCUAUUGUGAGACCCAUCAACUUCACAAUGUUUCACGGUCCUCUAUUGCUCGGAUUGGGUCAUUACAAGCUUAUUUCAUAUUCAGUGGAGGUCUCAUUGAUGCUCCUUUAUUUUCAUCGAUAUGGCGGCAAGUCAUUCUUCCUUUAGCAUUGUUUUAUCAGUUCAUGCUGGCCCAGGGCAUCUUAGGUGGCCUUGCCAACGGGUACACCAUGGCACCAUCCAUGGCUGCGACGCCUCAGUACUUUAAUAAGAAGUGUGGUGCAGCUAUGGGAAUCGCCAUAGCUGGCUCAUCUAUCGGUGGAGUUAUUCUUCCUAUCGCUUUGAACCGGAUGCUCAACAAUACCAACCUCGGAUUUGGCUGGUCCGGUCGUGUCGUCGCUUUUAUCGUCACAGGCAUACUCAUUCCGGCCUGCAUUCCCAUUAAAGCUCGCCUGCCCCCUAGGAAAAGUCAAUUCCUCUUACCUUCUGCAUUCAAAGAUCCUCAAUAUUCUCUUCUCGUUACUUGUUACUGUACUUCUGAUCGCCUCGGACGACUGAAUAUUCUAUGCGCACCGGGAAUUAGCAGCGGGAUCCUUACUCUAUGCUGGCAACGAGUACAAGGCAAUUCCGGUAUCAUUAUGUUCACCGCUAUAUAUGGUUUCUGCUCAGGAGCUAUAAUUUCAGGGUCAUCUGUUAGUUUAGCCUCAUGCUCAAAAGACCCCAAGAACAUCGGUACAUUCAUGGGGAUGGGUAUUGCAUUUGGGAGAGUUGCAGCACUAAUCGGACCCCCCAUAAGCGGCGCGCUUUACGAUCAAUACGAGAAUUUGGAUCAGGUAUCCACAUUUUAUGGCGUGGUGUGUUUAUUCGGUGGUAUUUUGGUUCUCCUGACAAAAAAUAGUGGCAGUUUGCCAUACCUCGUACACUUUCUUUGCCUCCUCAGUCAACGAUCGGAACAAAGCAAGGAUCCUGAUUUUUUUGACACUACUUGA